CCUGUCAAGUGUCACAAUGGAAGACUCCGACAUGCUCCUUGAAGAAAGCGACUACGACUUGGAAUACUCCGAAGACAGCACCUCCGAAUCCGACGUAAACCUCGAAAACCAGUACUACUGCGCCAAAUCCCUGAAAGAGGAAACCCCCGAAACGUCCCUCGCCGCAUUCCAAAACGUCCUCGACUUGCAAGGCGACGCAAAAGGCAUUUGGGGCUUCAAAGCCUUGAAGCAAAUGGUCAAAAUCAACUUCCAACUACGAAACUACACCGAAACCAUGACCAAAUACAAAGAACUCCUCACAUACAUCAACACUGCUGUGACCAAGAACCACGCCGAGAAGUCCAUCAACUCGAUUCUGGACUUCACUUCGACCUCCGACGACAUGGAAAUGCUGAAAAACUUCUACGAAACGACACUGGACGCGCUGAAAAACUCGAAAAACGACCGACUUUGGUUCAAGACCAACACCAAACUGGGGAAAGUGUACUUGGAGAAGGGGGAGUUUGGGAAACUUGGGUCGAUUUUGCGACAACUGAAACAGGCUUGUGGGUACUCUGAAAGUGAUUUGCACAAAGGUACGCAACUCCUCGAAGUCUACGCCCUUGAAAUACAAAUGUACACGGAACUGAAAAAUCACCAACAUCUGAAAGAGUUGUAUGAACGCUCGCUGAAAGUCCGCUCGGCGAUUCCUCAUCCCAUUAUCAUGAGUAUAAUCAGGGAGUGUGGUGGGAAGAUGUAUUUGAGAUCGGGCGAUUACGAUAAAGCUUACACGGACUUUUUCGAAGCUUUUAAAAAUUAYGACGAGUCGGGGAAUCCGCGACGACUCGCCUGUUUGAAAUACAUCCUCUUGACGAGUAUGUUGAUGAAAUCAGCAAUUGAUCCGUUUGAUUCCCAAGAAGCCAAACCGUACAAAAACAAACCGGAGAUUAAGACAAUGACGAAUUUAAUCGCAGCGUACCAAAACAACGACAUGAAACAGUUUGAGAAGAUUUUUCAGGAGAAUAAAGAGUCGCUCAUGAAAGACCAGUUUAUUCAAGAGCAUAUUAUUGAUCUUUUGAAGAGUUUCAGGACCAAGAUUUUGCUCAUCUUGAUUAAGCCCUACGAGAAGGUGAAAAUCGCGUUUAUUGGGGAAGAGUUAGGRAUYAGUGAGGAGGAAUCGGAGAGUUUGAUCGUGUCGUGUAUUUUGGAUAAAAUUAUCCCUGGGAGGAUUGACCAACUUAAUAGAGUUUUGGUCAAGAAUCCGAGACCGGAGCCGCCGAUUUACGAAGCGAUGAGUUUGUUGGCGGAGAGAAUACACAAUAUUAGUUUAUGUUUCGAAUAAAACUGUUG